AUGAGCGAAGUCGAAAACCUCAGUGGCGAUCAGUUGGUCGCGAAUUUGCGCAAGGCAGGGCAUUAUGAAACAGUGAACGACAUCGGGUGUUGCACUUUCCAUAAAUUCUGCUUAAUGAUACGCUUUCUACUUCGAAAACUGGAAAUACCUCUUGCGGAUUUUAUCAUCGGAAACCGCGUAAUCGAUCAAGGUUCGGUCCAGAGCAUCAUCGAAAUCGUUACCGAAGAAGAACUGGCACCGCUCUGGAACAGGGAAACGGGCUUAUGCACCUCAUUUUGUAUUUGGGUAUCUUCGAUCAUCGACAAUAGCGAAACGACAAGAUUUACUUUCGCCGAUUUCGAAAGACAGCAUCGUGCGAGCUUUUCCAUGGACAAAAUUAUUGUCGAUUCUUCUGCCAGAAAAAUACUGCAAGCCUCCGAUAGUGAAGAGUUGAUCGGAUAUAAGGGCAUCUGGAAGCUGGAGGACACGUCGAGAGGGGAUACUGUCCUAUGGUUUCGGGUAAACUAA